GUCAGGACGCUCAGUUGAGUGCAAUCUUUUCUACGAAGAGGACGUACGGAAUCGUGCCUGCUCAGCUAGUGAAGGCUUAUUUUAAUUUUUAUGUUAUUUUAAAUGUGUGAACUCAAGUAAUCAUCGAAGAAAUAUGAUCUUUAGUGUGCUGAUUAGCUGCCUCGCAGCAGUAGCAAUGGCCACAAACCCGCCAAAGUGGCCCACCGUGUACUCCACUAGUGGGGUGCUGACCAUUCCGUAUGCGGAAAUCAGUGAACCAUUCUAUGCCUGGUACGAUGCCGAUAACGGUCGGUCCCGCAUCGAUUACUAUGGUGGCAUGGUGAAGACGUAUCAGCUGACUAAGAAGGGCGAUUAUGGUACCAGUUUAAAGGUCGCUCCGGUUAGCACCCGCCAGCAGCUGAACAAAGAAACAUGCCUGCAGGUCAACGGCACCGUUGAUAUGGCUAUCACGGUACAAAGCAUUCUACCGUAUGUGAAGAACUUCAAGCUUGCCGGAACGGAAAGCAGGAACGGAUUUAGCUGUGACAAGUUCACACUGGUCGAGGAAGUAGGUCAAAAACGUAACGUUUUUAACUUGUGGGUUCGCUACAUCAAGUCUCCGAAAUAUCCGGCCUCACGGAUGCCGAUUCCCGUUCGCUACGAAAUGAAGGGAUACAAUACACUGCUUGGAUCUCAUUACGAUCACUACUAUCUGGAUUACGAUUCCUACGAUCAUCAGGACAUUCCAGCGGAAGUUUUCGAGGUUCAAACUGCUGAUCCAUGCAUAGGAUUCCCUGGACCGGGCAAUGGUCAUUACACCACCUUCAACCCAAUGCAGGAAUUUAUUCUGCCACGAUCCGAGGAACAUCUCGAAAACGAAUUCAACCGUUUCAAAAACAAACACAAGAAAAUUUAUCGUGAGGAAGUAGAGCAUGAGCGCCGGCGGGAGAUUUUCCGCCAAAAUUUGCGGUUUAUCCAUUCUCACAACAGAGCUAACAAAGGCUUCACCGUAGCUGUCAAUCACUUGGCUGAUCGUACCGAAGACGAGCUGAAAGCUCUUAGAGGUUUCAGAUCGUCGAACGAAUACAAUGAAGGGCUACCUUUCCCGUAUGAUCCCAAGGACUUCUUGGAUGAUCUGCCGGAGAACUUGGACUGGCGCAUUUCCGGUGCGGUAACUCCAGUGAAAGAUCAAUCGGUUUGUGGCUCGUGCUGGUCAUUUGGAACGGCAGGCCAUAUUGAAUCCGCCUAUUUUCUGAAAACGAAGAAAUUAAUGAGAUUCUCUCAGCAAGCACUGAUCGACUGCUCCUGGGGUUACGGAAACAAUGGCUGUGACGGUGGCGAAGACUUCCGUGCCUAUCAGUGGAUGAUGGAAGUUGGAGGUAUUCCCUCCGAAGAGGAGUAUGGAGGUUACAUGGGUCAAGAUGGGUACUGUCAUGUUCAGAAUACUACCUUAUAUGCACCGAUCACUGGUUGGGUGAAUGUUACCUCUGGUGAUUCGGAUGCCAUGAAAGUUGCGCUCUUCAAGCAUGGACCGCUGUCGAUUGCAAUCGACGCUGGUCACAAGACGUUUAGUUAUUAUGCCAACGGAGUAUACUAUGAACCGGAGUGCAAAAAUAAACUAGAACAGCUGGAUCACGCAGUACUAGCGGUAGGUUACGGUAAGUUGAACGGGGAGGAUUACUGGUUGAUCAAAAACUCCUGGUCUAACUAUUGGGGCAAUGAUGGAUAUGCUUUGAUGGCGAUGAAGAACAACAACUGCGGAAUCACAACCGAUGCCACGUACGUCCUCAUGUGAAGAGAUCUAAGACUAAUUGAUGCCUGUUAGUUUCAUAAAUGUUUAGUUUAUCGUGUGAUUUUGCAAAAUAAAUGGUAAAUGUUUCGUAACAAAA